GCGGGGUUUGUGUGUAAGUAUGAGCGGCGGUAGGUCGGUGGAGUGUGAACGGGUGUGAGAGACUCUGAAAGCCAGCAAACCGCUGCAAAUAAAUCGGCGACCGGGACCGGCGCUGGAGCUCAUACCGCCGGGAGAGGCGGAGCAGGAGGCCUCUCUUUGCGGGACUCGGGCGGAGUGGGGCCAUGGCGCGGGACUAUGAUUACCUGUUCAAGCUGCUCAUCAUCGGGGACAGCGGUGUUGGCAAAAGUAGUUUACUGCUGAGAUUUGCUGAUAACACUUUUUCAGGUAGCUACAUCACCACAAUUGGAGUGGACUUCAAGAUCCGCACAGUGGAAAUAAACGGGGAGAAAGUCAAGUUGCAGAUUUGGGAUACAGCAGGCCAGGAGAGAUUCAGGACAAUCACCUCCACGUACUAUAGAGGCACGCACGGUGUAAUCGUGGUUUAUGACGUCACCAGUGCAGAGUCCUUCGUAAACGUCAAGCGCUGGCUGCAUGAAAUCAAUCAAAACUGUGAUGACGUUUGUCGAAUAUUAGUGGGUAAUAAGAACGACGAUCCAGCCUCUAAAGUGGUGGAGACCAACGAUGCGCAGAAGUUUGCAGAGCAGAUGGGCAUCAGACUGUUCGAGACCAGCGCCAAAGAGAACCUCAAUGUGGAGGACAUGUUCAACUGCAUCACCGAGCUGGUCCUGAAGGCCCGAAAAGAGUCUGUAGCCAAACAACAACAACAGCAGCAAAGUGAAGUCGUUAAACUGAGUAAGAGCAACAAACGCAAGAAGAAAUGCUGCUAAUGGACUCUAUACACACACACACACACACACACACUUAUAGAGAGCCAAUGGACAGAACGCCACUGAACUGACGUGAGCCAGAGACUGAACUUAACACUCUUAAAGCAACAUGAAGAUCUCUGUAGAUUUACUAAUGAUGGACAUCAGGAGGAGCUUUUAGCAGGAUCACACUUCCUCUCCUCAGAAGAUGAUGCUGACAAUUAAACUAGAGGAUCAAACCUUUCUGUUUUGAGCAUCUUCAUCUGGAUUCUGACUGAUUCAAAGGCCAAAUGUGAGCAGUGUUAAUGUGGCGUGCCAAACAAACCACAGCGAUAUCAGGACGAACACAUCCACUCGCAGAGUUUUGAAGAAUAUGGCAUGUUUUAGUUUUAGUUUUGGUUUUAUAUGAGCUCAUCUAUGAUGGACUGUGGACCAAACAUGCGCUCCGCUCUGCCGAUACUAAGAGACACUUGUUUUGCCUUUUGCUUUCUCUCUUAUUUUUGUAAAAGUGUAUUUUUUACUAACAGAUUAUACAAUCACUGUAGCGUUCAGCUGAUGUGCUGCCGUUAACUGAACGCUAGUCUAUUUACAGAGCUGGGAGGAAACGCCAAACCAUUACACAAAGACUUCACCAGGAAUGCACUUGUGUCUUAGUUUACUCACAUGGAUGAUCAGUGCAAAGCAUUCAGUUUCUUAAAGACACAGUACACCUAAUAAUGAAUAUUUUCUCAUUAUUUAUUCACACUCAAGUGGGUCGAUAUUCUGAAGAAUGGUGGUAAAAAGCAGCCUACAUAUCAAUAGUAGGAACGAAAUGUAUUUUACUAUGGAAGUCAAUGUCGUUUUUCAGAAUAUCUUCCUUUGUGUUCAGUAGAAGAAACUCAAACUGGUUUUAUUUUUGGGUGUACUGUCACUAAAACAAUUUUACUAAAUGGAGAUUAAGCAAAUGCAGUGAAUUGUAUGGGGUCAUAUUUGUGACACAAUUCUACAUGCAAAAGGUCAUGUUUUGAGCAUGCAAAAUGCCCUGUUUCAUACGUGUUAACAAUUCUGCAUGCUAAAGAUCAUGUUUUAAGCAUGCAAAAUAGAUUGUUGCACAGAAAUGAACAAUUCUGGGUGCUAAAGACCAUGUUUUGAGCGUCCAUAAUGGCUUUUUGCAUACGUGUUUACAAUUCUACAUGCAAAAGAUCAUGAUUUGAGCAUGAAAAUGGAUUGUUGCACACACACGUUAUCAAUUAUACACGCAAAAUUUCAUGUUUUGAGCAUGCGAAAUGACUUGUUGCAUGCGCAUUAACAAUUAUGCGCACAAAACAUCAUACUUUGAGCUUGAAAAGUGGCUUGUUGCAUGUUAAAAACAUGGUCUUUUAUGCUUAAGUAUUAAUGUGCAUGCAACAAGCCAUUGUGUGCACUCAAAACAUGAUCUUUUGCAUGCCAAAUUGUCACAAAUCUAACUCCAAAGAAGUGCAGCACGAACAUUCCGCUGAGUAUCUCAAUUUGUGUUUUACAGAAGAACUUCAGAUUUGAAAAGGUGUUUAUUAAAGAACAUAACAGUGUGUAAAUGACCCCCGAUUGAUCAGUUUUGGGUGAAUUCAUGGUUUACAGUUCCAUAAAUAGAGAGCCAGAAAAAAAGAUAACGUUCGUUAUGUUUGGUUAUGUUUGUCUUGUUUAUACAUUUUUGUGCACACUUUAUUAUAAGGUGUCAUUAGACUGGCAUAAACUAUCAGCAUUUAUUAAUCAUAUUUGCACAUUUACUAAUGCAUUAUUUAAAUAUUUACCAGCAUCGACAAACAAUGUACAAAUACAGUAUUCACAUUCGUUAAUGAUGUUAGUUAAUAAAGUCAUUCAUUCUUAGUUACCGUUAACUCACAGUGCAUUAACUAAUGUUAACAAGCACAACUUUGUAUUUUAAUAAUGCAUUAGUAAGUGUUAACCUAUCAUUAAUAAAGGCUGUAGAUUAUUCAUACUAAUAAAAACAAAUGAUAAAGUGUGACCUGCAUUGCAGAACAAGACAAAAUAAUCAAUAUGAACAUGCAUUUCUGCACUGUGACGAACGGUUAAUCUUAAUAAAAACACACAGCAGCACUUGAGUGUUUUAUUUUAGGUGAAGCUGUGCAUAAACGCAGUGACCGCCGGUGUUUUGCACAGAUUUUGGGAGAGAUCGAGUCUCACUUAAGCACCGCUGUGCUGAUUUCUGAUUUUCUUUCUGACUCGGACACGUGUGUCUUUGUGUUUCCAUGUGGAAUGAUCUGGUGUACACUGGAAAAGAUGAAAUAUUAGGUAUAUCCAUUGUCCCAACAUGAGUCUAAACAUAAUAAACAUUUUAAGACAAGA